AUGGAGAUCACAGAUUACAUUUUCAAGGAACGAGAGGAUGUCCUCCUUGUGGGUGACUACAAUGCGUACCGAGCGCACACAACUCGUAGACUACACAAACUCCGCAAGAAGCUGGGCCAGGCCACGCCCAAGAACCGCAAAUACACCGCGAAACCAGCGGUGACUGCCGAGAACAUCGGAAAUAAUGUGUCUGCCGAACGAGCAUGGGCACAAGCAAUGCACAUGAAAUCGACACAUUCGGCGGACCCAUCAGCCAAGGGACUCUCCGGUGCAGCCCGCCGUCAUAUCAUCUCUCGCUUUAAAAAAGCCAGCGGCUAUGCGCAACAUCUGGUCACCCUGCUCCACGAACAAUCGGCCACCGGUGCCAAUGAUAUCGAUAUUCUCGAAGCACGAGCUUAUCUUGCGACGGUCUCUGGAGCCCUGUGGCUCGAGAAACGAAAGUGGGAGCAAUGUCUUCAUGACUAUUCGAUCGCCCGAGUGAUAUAUACGGCUCUAGGCCAGAGGGCUAAAAAGGAUUCUUUCCGGGAUCUUCUCAGUGGUACUGUUGAUCCGAGCUUGCGCUACGCUGCCUAUCAGCUUAAACUCCCUCGAUCCAAGCCAACUUCUUCGCUCGCCAUUGAAUUUUUCCCAGAAGAUUCGGGUAUCCGAGCUGAGGUCGAGAAGCUUGAUCCUUCUUGUUUGGCCGAAGAAGAUGCGGGAACCCGUAGAACUGCGGAGGGCGAAGUUCAAAAAUUGCCCGAGUCCGUCACAUGGAGAUCUCGUACCGUUCCAUUGGAAAACGCAUCAAUCUCCCAGGCUUUGGCUGCUGCGGAGGCUGCAGAGGCAAGCCUCAGCGACUGGCUGAAGGGGGAAGGACGAACUGCUCUAUCUAAGGAUCAAGCUGCUGCCUAUGACAAUGUCAUUAUUGCCAGCCAGGAUGCAGUCGAUGCCACAAAGACUGCUAUCGACGAUUUGGCCAGCGAGGGUGUUGAUGCUGGUGACAAGAGAAUGCAAGCUCUGCAAAUCACCCGAACUGCUGUCAACUAUCGGUUAAUCGGAUGGCGAGUUGGCCGGAACCGUGUCCUUUGCGGCGAACAGGACGGCCUCACCUUCAAGCAAGAGCAGGCUGGAACUGGAAAGUACGCGAAGCGCGACGGGGGCAAUGGGAAGAAACUUACCAAGCUACGUGAACGGGUUGUGCUAUAUGACUCGACUCUCCAAAGCUUAGACUUUAUUCUUGAACUCCCGGGUGUGGCCGCGGAUUCCGCUUUCGUGCAAGAUCUCGAAUCAAAGCGAGGAUAUUUCCGGGCUCUAAGAUGUUUAGCCCUUGGCCGGUCUCACGGUGUGUUAGAUAAGCCCACGGAGGCUCUGGCUCUCUUCGCGCAAGCUCUCAAGCUUGCCGAUUUGGCUACGCCGCAAUCAUCUGCUACUUCAGAUGGUCCGCCUCGAUUAGAGGUCUCCCGAGAUCAGGCCAGUGCUCUCCAGGCUGUUCUGCGUGGGCUGGUUGCCCAGUACCGUGGUCUCGUGACCCUGGCGCAACUCGAUGGAAACUCUGCCGAGCUGUCGCAACGCCCCGUCGUGGAGCGGCUAAAUCAGUUCGGAGCCAAUGUAGACCUCGGCAAUUUGGUGCCUUAUCCACCUCGGAUGCAGGCGGUUCCUGUGAAGCCGCUCUUCCUCGAUGUCGCUUGGAACUACAUCAACUACCCUCAGACCGGAUCUUCAGCUCAGCCAGCGGAAACCCCUGCACCGGAAGAGAAGAAGGGCCGUGGAUGGUUUGGCUUUGGCCGCUGA